AUGGCACCAGUUGCGUCUGUUCAACUGAACGUAAUUGUGGUUGGGGCGGGUUUGAGUGGCCUGGCGACAGCAAUAGCAACCAGUCUGGCUGGCCACCAUGUCACCGUCUUUGAGUCUGCAAAAGAACUUCGAGAGGUUGGUGCAGGCUUGCAAAUAACCCCCAAUUCCAGCAAAAUACUCCAACAAUGGAAUCUACCAGAGCAAUUAUGGAAAUCCGCUGCCGAGCCGACCGAACUGCUUGUCCACCGCUACUCCGGCGAAAUAUUAGCUAGAGAAGAGAACUUCGAUAAGAAGAUGCGCCAAAAGUACAAUGCCCCAUUCCUCGAUUCGCAUCGCGUGGAUUUGCAAUUAUCACUCUAUGAGCGAGCCAAGGAGCUCGGUGUCGAGAUUAAGCUUGACGAGAAAGUGGACAAUAUCGACUUUGAUCACGGUCGAGUGACUUGUGCUUCGGGCUUUAAAGCAACUGCCGAUCUUAUUGUCGCGGCGGACGGUCUGUGGUCGAAAUGUCGUUCUCUAUUUCUGAAAAAGGAUGACCCACCUCUGCCUACUGGAGAUCUUGCUUAUCGCAUCGUCUUGAAUUUGGAAGAUAUCGAAGACCCUGAAUUGAGGUCAUGGGUGAAGAAUCCCAAAUGUCACUUUUGGAUUGGACCCGGUGCACAUGCCGUGGGUUACUCACUCAAAGCAGGAAAUCAGUACAACAUCGUGCUUCUAGUACCGGAUGAUUUGCCGCAAGGUUCAAGCCGGGAGGCAGCAAAUGUUGAAGAAAUGCUUUCGCUGUUUGAGCACUGGGAUCCUAUCUUGACUCGUUUCUUGAAAAUGGUUGACAACGUCGAGAAGUGGAAGUUGAUGCAUAGGGAUGAGCUUGCAUCAUGGGUGAAUGAGAAGUCAAAUUUCGUCCUUGUGGGUGACUCGUGCCAUCCUAUGUUGCCAUACCUAGCACAAGGUGCAAAUUCAGCAAUUGAAGACGGUGCUGUACUUGGUCUUCUUCUAGGCCAUAUCAAAUCGAAAGAUCAGCUGCCUCAGGCUCUCAACAUGUACCAAUCACUGCGCAAAACUCGCGGUGAAAGAAUUGUCAAGGAGACAUUCAAGCAGCGCGAGUCCUUUCAUAUGCAUGAUGGUCCGGAGCAAGAGGCACGAGACAAAAUCUUCCUAUCUCAGCUGGGCAGUGAAAUUCAAGGGGCUUUUCCGAGCAGAUGGACUUGUCCAGUGAUCCAGCCCUGGAUUUAUGGAUAUGAUGCCCGCGAGGAGGUUGAAGCUGCAAUUCGCGCACAACCCUUUCCCGAUAUCAGCGAACACACUUCCACGACAAGCAAACCUUCAACAACCAAGCCCAAGCUGCCUAGCUUCAUAGAGCGUAUUCUCAAUUUUUUCAAGCUUGUAACUAGAAAUUAA